AUUGUUACUUGUAGACCGCGCAAGAAGCGCGCAAUAGAUUCCAGAGGAAAUACACUGUUACUUGUAGACCGCGCAAGAAGCGCGCAAUAGAUUCCAGAGGAAAUACACUGUUACUUGUAGACCGCGCAAGAAGCGCGCAAUAGAUUCCAGAGGAAAUACACUGUUACUUGUAGACCGCGCAAGAAGCGCGCAAUAGAUUCCAGAGGAAAUACACUGUUACUUGUAGACCGCGCAAGAAGCGCGCAAUAGAUUCCAGAGGAAAUACACUGUUACUUGUAGACCGCGCAAGAAGCGCGCAAUAGAUUCCAGAGGAAAUACAUUGUUACUUGUAGACCGCGCAAGAAGCGCGCAAUAGAUUCCAGAGGAAAUACAUUGUUAUUUAGGACAGUACAGUAAACACCGAUAAACUGAAGAGAAAGGGAAUAGUGGAGUACGAUUUUAUCAUUUAAAUAAUUAACAAUAAAUUAAACGAAUUGAGAUUUAAAAUUAGUGCAAGAAAAUGCAAUAAAUUAAUUUAACCAGUUCAUACAAAAUACCAAGUUCGCAAAAAGAACAGAUUUUGAACGAAAUUCACGUGUAACGAAUAGUUAAAAAUGAACAAAAUUAUGUUCAAUCAGAAGAAUUCAUUGAAAUGAAAACACCAACAUUAUAUUAAACUUGAAAUAUUUCAACAGAGUGUAAACAUAAGAUUAUAUCAAUUUAGCCAUGCUUCAGAAUAAAAUGUCAACAGAACUUCCGCUAUACCUAUACACUUAAACGUGUUUACGUGGUAACGACAGAUUAAAAUCAUUUAUUCUCCAUACUGUUUUUUGUCAAGAUAACAUUUCCUUGCUAAGAUGGAUAUAAACUUGCCAAUGAGCCCUCCAGUAAACAAUAACAUCCAGUCGAGUUUGUGUGACAGACUGGACGCCGUUGUUUUUGAAAAGAUGCGUGUCGUCAACACACAACUUGACGCCCGGCUUACACUUCAAGAAAAAAUCAUUAAUAAAUAUCGCAGAGACGUGGAAAAAAUACACGCGCGUCAAACUCGAAAGAUAAAGCGCGAGGUGAGACAAAUUCGACAAAAGAAACCGGACUAUGUGUGCGAUGACUCUGAUAUAAGUACAUCUAGAAGUCAAAACACGGUUGGUACAAGUCGACAACGAUGUUUAAGUGAGCCGAGCAACUUAAGUUACUGCAGGCGGUACUAUUCUCAUCACUUUAACGUCAAGGAGCCGGAAAAAGAAGACAAGAAGGACAAAGACGGGAAAAAGCAGGGACCUACUGACUUCUUCAACAUGAGGAUGAGAUUAUAUUUCGUCAACAUGAUGAACAAUAUUCGUCAGAGGACACAUUUGCAUCAUGACAUACCGGACGAUCUCUCUUACACAAAUAGAGACAGGUUAGACAGCAACGAUCUAAAUCUACAUUCACAUUUCCUUCCAAAACUACCCCAUAAUGCUAAUGCAAACUAUGAUAUUCAUGAAGAGAAAGAAAUAUGCGGAGCGCAACAGGAUGAACCAAACGAGGAAAUCACAAUUCAUAGCGUUAAAGAAGAGGACGAUGAAAACGUUUUCAAUGAAGAUGAUCAAAUUACAGACUUUGGAGGGAUGCCUGUCCUUGCUAAAACCGAUAUUAUACAUGAAAACCCAAGAGAUAUUAAUGCAAACAAGUCCUGGGACGGGAAUAGACGUAGACAUAGAAGUAAAGGCGGCAAGUCAAGGCGUAGAAGUAUUUUAGGAUCUGGAUCGGAAGAAGAGGUGGUGUAUAAUGAAACUGAACGUAGGAAAGCAAAGCAUGCCUUCGAGAAGAUCUUUGCUGGCUUAUUGUAACUGAAAGAACUGCGUGGACUUUGUAAACGAUAGUUGAAGCGUUUCUGUGAAAGAAAGAAAUAGACACAAGUGCUUUCCUUUCGAUAUGGCAGUUGAUGCUUAAUAAAAACGUAGUUGCUGCUAAUAACAUUUUUUUUUUCCGAUAAGUAUUUUUCUGGUUUAGUAUGAAAUAAAAAUAAACCACAUGUUCGAGAAGAUAUUUGCAGGCUUAGAGGACAAACAAACUAAUUUCGAAAAGAUAUUUGCUAGCUUAUUGUGACAUAUAGAACAAUGUUUAUUAUAUUGAUGCUAGUUAGUUGUCAUAGAAAUAAAAUGGGGCCAAGUGCCAAAAGUUAUUUGAAGGUUAUUCUGUGGUAGAUGAAAAAUUAUAAUUUUUAGGGGAUAUCUGCUGGAUGUCGGUGAUAUAAAAAAUACAGCAUUAUCUUUAAAUAAUUAUUUGCUGUACUGCCGGUAUUUUAUUAAUACAGCCGGACAUAUACUAUACCUGAAUUCAGACUGUUUUGCAUAAAGACAAUUAAUGACGGAUGACUGAAUACAGACUUGAAAAAACGAAUGAUUACUGAUUGCUUUUCAAUGAUUAGAUGCCUUCCUGAAAAUAUUUGCUCACUAAGAUAAACUAGUACAACAUUGCUACGAACGACAGUGUCUUAUUGUGUAUGUACAAUAUGAAUUCGAAAACACAAUUGUUGAUUGUGAUACAGGAGUACAACACAACUUCUAGUGGAUAUUUUGCGAGCUGAUAUUAUUUAUGUACGUUCGUGUAUGUUUUUAUGAUAUAAAAUUAACUGUAUAAUUUCGGGUGUACUUAAGUCAAACAUUAAUUAUUUAACAACUAACAUUUUCUAUAAAACACGAAUACAAACAAACAUAACUGAAGGACAAUUGAAUAUUGUUUGUUUUCAAGACACCACGUUAAAAAAGUUCCUAAAAAGUGAAAUUUCGUUUGUAGCAUUUAAUUGACCCGUUUUGUAAUGAAAAAGAAUAUAAUAUAAACUAUAUUAAAUU